AUGCCCGAGUUCACCGAGGCGGAUACCAUUCGUAUCCUCGUUGCGACCGACAAUCAUGUCGGUUAUGAAGAGCGAGACCCGAUUCGUAGGGAUGACAGUUGGAGAACUUUCGAUGAAAUUUUGAACCUUGCCCGGACUGAAGAUGUCGAUAUGGUUCUCCUCGCUGGCGAUCUUUUCCACGACAACAAACCUUCCCGAAAGUCCCUUUACCAAGUGAUGCGUACACUCCGACAAAACUGCUUGGGCAUGAAACCUUGUCCUCUCGAAUUUCUGUCCGAUGCCGCAUCUGUCUUUGAAGGCGCUUUCACGCAUGUCAACUACGAAGAUCCCGAUAUCAACAUUUCCAUCCCCGUCUUUUCGAUCCAUGGCAAUCAUGAUGAUCCUUCCGGUGAAGGCAACUUCUGUUCUCUUGAUCUCCUACAAGCGAGCGGACUACUCAAUUACUAUGGCCGUGUCCCUGAGGCAGACAACAUCGAGGCCAAGCCGAUUCUGCUACAGAAGGGUCUUACAAAGCUUGCCUUGUUUGGGUUGAGUAAUGUUCGAGAUGAGCGCAUGUUCCGUACUUUCCGAGAUCACAAAGUCAAGUGGUUCCGACCUGAAACCCAGAUGGCUGACUGGUUCAACUUGUUGGCUGUUCACCAGAACCACCAUGCCCAUACAGCCACAUCCUACCUCCCCGAGAAUGUCUUGCCCGAUUGGCUUGACCUUGUAGUCUGGGGUCACGAGCACGAGUGUUUGAUCGACCCUACGCAGAACCCCGAAACAGGCUUUCAUGUCAUGCAGCCAGGUUCAUCCGUCGCAACUUCACUGGUUCCCGGUGAGGCGGUUCAGAAGCACGUUGCUAUUGUGAGCGUCACAGGCAAAGACUUCAAGGUUGACAAGCUACCACUCAAGAGCGUACGUCCCUUUGUCACACGGGAAGUCAUCCUUUCGCAAGACAAGCGCUUCAAGGGACUUGACAAGAAGAAGGAGAACCGUCAGGAAGUCACACGAAGACUGAUGGAGAUUGUUGAGGAGAUGAUUGAGGAGGCUAAUGCGGAUUGGGAGGCCAUUCAAACAGACGAAGAGGCUCUAGAAGAACGACCUCUUCCACUCAUUCGUCUGAAGGUGGAGUAUACAGCCACAGAAGGCGGUCAGUUUGAGGUUGAGAAUCCCCAGAGGUUCUCAAAUCGAUUUGUUGGUAAGGUGGCCAACACGAAUGAUGUUGUCUACUUUUACCGCAAAAAGACGUCACAGCGCAAAGCAAAUGCUGCAAACCCAACGGAGGCCCUCGAGGCCCUCGAUGGUGCUGACGACAUGGUCAAGGUGGAGAAUCUGGUGCAAGACUUUCUGUCGGCGCAAUCACUCAAGGUCCUUCCUCAAGGACCGUUCGGUGAUGCUGUGGCUCAGUUCGUGACAAAGGAUGACAAACAUGCGAUGGAGCUAUUUGUUUCAGAGCAUCUGACAGGGCAAGUCCGAUCUAUGCUGGGCUUGGAGUCCGACGAUGAAGAUCUCAACAGUGCCAUGGAUAUCUAUCGAAUGAGGAUCGAGCAGCAGCAAGCUAGCGGCAUGCAAACAGCACGAGCGGAGAGAAAACGAGUUCUCAAACCAAAACCAGCCACCUGGGACAGUGACUUUGAUGGUAGCUGGGAGAAUGAGCCCGAUGCCUGGACAUACGAGGAUGAACAACAGGCCGAGACCUCUUCACGCGCAUCUGCACCCGCACCAGCACCCGCACGAAAGACUGCACGUGGACGAGCCAAGGCGACUCAGCAAGAUGACGACAUGAACUUGAUGGACGAUGAUGAGCCACUCCCUGCACCAGCCAAGAAACCAGCAGCCAAGCGAGCAACACGCGCCACAAAAGCGGCACCAGCCAAAAAGGCCCCUGCAAAGGCUCCUGCAAAGGGACGAGGCUGCAAGGCAUUCGAAGACAGUGAGGACGAGGAAGAAGACGUGAUCAUGGAAUCGGAAGAAGAGCCUGCACCUCCUCCACCAAAGACACGACGAACCGCUGCGAAGAGCACCGCCAAGGCCCCGGCGACUCGAGGAGCGGCUAAGAAUGCACGACAGACAAAGUUGAACUUUUCACAAUCGCAGAAGGGCGGCACGCAGAGUAAAGCUGUUGAGAUUAGCGAUGAUGAGAUUUCGGAUGAUGAUGCGUUUGAGCCGGCGCCUGCGACGACACGAAGUACGAGGAGGAGAUAG